AUGUACGAAGCUUACAUUUGCAAUAUAGAAAAAAAUAUAAGCAAGUCACCGAAAGCCUUCUGGAACUUUGUCAAGAGUAACAAAUCUCCAAAUUCAUAUCCUUCUAGUAUGAAAUUCGGUCAAUAUUUUUCAAGCAAAGGUGAAGUAAUUUGUGAUUUCUUUAAUCAGUUUUUUAAAUCUAACUUUCUUCACGAUUCUGACACAACCAACUUUAAUAUUAUUGACACGAAAAUUGAUCAAUCUCCUGUCCAUAUCAAUUCCAUCGAAGUGAAAGAAGCCGAGGUAUCUGGACUUUUAAAGACUAUCGACCCGCACAAAUCAGCUGGACCAGACGGUAUCCCAGCGAUCUUCAUUAUACGUUGUGCGGGCUCCCUUACUUUGCCUCUGAGCAUCCUGUACCGCCGUUCUUUAAAAAAGGGCAUGUUUCCAAAUAUUUGGAAAAAUGUUUUUAUUACUCCAGUACAUAAAAAAGGACCUAAGGAUGAGGUACACGCAAAAUUAUCGUCCCAUUUCUAA